CACUUUGAGAUUUACCGUAACGGGGGAGAAGGAAAGCGAGGCGGGGAAGAGGCAAUGUGGGCAUUGCCCGGACCCAAGAUGGCUGCCGCAGCGCCACGGCACUUCAAGACGGGUCACCUGUUGAAGUAAAAGCCCGGGUGUUUCAUUGGCUCCGCAGGGCCGGGCCCUGAGCCGUUGACCGUCGCCAAUCUAGCCCCCUGGGGCUGAGGGGGAAAGGGUGAACUGUAAGGGCCGGAGUGGCGGCGAGAGGCGGCUGGUCGGCGCCGCUCCCUCUGACUCGCCGCCGCCUCAGCUAGGCCAGGCCCGAGCCCGACGGGCUUCGUCCCCGCCCCCGGCUCCUCUCCUCAACUCGGCAUGGAGGACCGGGGGGGCGGCGGCCGCAGGGAGAGACCGCGAGCCGGAGAAGCGGAAGAAGGCGAGGAGCCGGCAGAAACCGCGGCGGGAGAGGAGGAGGAGGAGAAGGCGGCGGCGGGAGUGACCGUGACGAUUACGGAGCCAGAAGGCGGCGAGGAGGACGAGGACGACGACGAAGACGAGGCUGAGGAGCGGGACACGGAGUGGAGCUUCGUCGACAUGGAGACGGUGUCCCUGCGCGACCUGCCCACGGCGCUCAUCGCCUGCAACCUGCCCUUGCCCGUCUUCUUGCCCGAUGGCCCCUGCAAGGCAAGAUUUGAAGCACUCUUUAGAACAUAUGACAAAGAUGUCACGUUUCAGUAUUUUAAAAGUUUUAAAAGAGUACGGAUAAACUUCAGCGACCCUUUGUCAGCAGCCGACGUUAAAAUUCAGUUACACAAGAAAGAAUUUCUUGGAAAGGAAUUGAAAUUGUAUUUUGCUCAGACUUUGCAUAUUGGAAGUUCACGCUUAGCACCACCAGAUCCAGAAAAACAAUUUCUGAUUUCACCUCCAUCUUCUCCCCCUGUUGGUUGGACUCAGUCUGAUGAUGCUACACCUGCCAUUAACUAUGAUCUUUUAUAUGCGAUCUCCAAACUAGGACCAGGGGACCAGUAUGAACUUCAUGCUGCAACAGAAACUACUCCCAGUGUUGUUGUCCACGUGUGUGACACGAAUGAAGAACGUGAGGCAGACGCAGAGAGAAAAGACGCCAAGAAGGCAAAACCCAAACCAAAAAUUAUUCAAACCAGAAGGCCAGACUAUACUCCUUCUUACCAAAGUUGAACUACGUAGAGCUUUGAAAUGUUCCAAACUUGCAUGCUCAAGGGAGACAUUGAGGAAAUGACAUCAUAAAUCUGAUGACAUUAGAAGUGGAAGCAGCAAUUCUAACAUACAGAUGUUUUAAGAAAGGGAAUGUCUUCAUUUGUUUGUUUUAAUGCUGCACGUUGGCUGACAAGACCAAUCCCAAAAUGAACUUCUGAAUGGUUGUCCUGGAGAAUGAUUAAAUAGUGGCAUUGGGGCAAAAAGCAUGUACUGUUGUGCUUUAGGGCUAUUUUCAGAUACUCCAGACUUCUGUUACAAAGCAGCUGAGGAUGCCUUCCCUAUUUAUGUAUGUCCCUGAUAAAGUCCUCCAAUUCAUAAGUUAGCAUGGUUGCCAUUCUAAAAUACACUCACUGAUAAAUACACUCCAUUGGAAUCAGUAGGGCAUACAAGUAAGUAUGUUAGAGAUUGCAGCUUGUAUAUGACUUAUGGUGGUAAAGAGAUGAUUUUAAUGCAAAAGGGUGAUGUCCAACAUUAGUCAUAACCCGAGUUGACCCAUUGAAAUCAGUGGACUUGAUGUGUCUACUCUGAGUAUGACUAACAUUGAAUAUUAACCACAGUAAGAUAUAUUUAAUCAUUUUUUCUAUUAGAUUUUGUGCAUGCCUGUAAAACUUGAGAAGUUUAACUUCCUCUGCAUUUUCCAGUUUUACAUUAUCUCAAAUACUGAUUUCUCAGUUUUCCUUUUGAAUUAUGUUUGUAUUGGCAUUCAUUUUUCAGUGGGGACAGAUUUUUAGUGAAGUUAUGUGCAAUAUCCCCUUUUAAUGUUAACUGCCAAUGCAUGGUUUAUCUAGAAAACCUAUAAAACACUUGUGCACAUUUUAAGUGGGUUGACAAUUUUUAAUUAUUCUAAAUGACAUUAUUUAAUAUUGAUUUAAAAUACCUUGACUCCUUUACCGAUCAGAAGUACAAGAAACCCGCAGAUAAAGCUGACACUGUGUUGUUACAGUUCACAACUGAGAGAGAAUAUAAGCUUGCCCUAGCCACAAACUUGUAAAUUUAUAACUGUUGGUGUUUAAAUGUUGUUAAUGGUGCUUGAGCACAUCUAGUGUGAAAACAAAUGUGAAAUGUGGCAUUUGUGAAGGUUGGAGUGCCUUUUCCUCAUGAAUUCCUGGGAGGAUUGUUGCACUAGCUGUAAGAUUAUUUAAUUUUUUAAUUGGCAGUAGAUAGUUAUAUCAAAUAUUUUCUGCUAAAGCAUCAUCAAGUAAGAUGUGUUGUAUUUCCCAUUGUUUGAUGCAGAGCCACAAUGCUUUUUCUUCUCUUUUUAGUGCUUUGUGUCUGAGCAGCAAUUUAUUAGCUACUGCUAACAGUCUAGCGGUAAAUGGUGUUCAAGCUUUUUUGUACCAUAUUUACAAGCAAAAUUUACUGCACAGUGACAUCCCACGUCAAGUAUUUUUAGGGGUUUUCUUUUAGAAUGGAUUAUUGAAAUGAAUUUUAAAAGGCUUUUAAAAAUAAACAUUUCACAAUUUGUGAUGUCUAAGCAAAGGUUUUUUCUCUGUUGGGUUUUUUCCUAAUAUGAGGGAUUUCGUGCUGCUUGUACAUUUCUAGAAACUAUAAGAAGCUGGAUAUUUCCAUGCAGAUGUCAGUGGGAGCUCUGUUUUAAGAGAACCUGUUCUGUCAAGAGAAAUUUUAAUGAGAGGUUUUUCACUAUGAGGUGUACCAUCCUUCUCGGAACAGAUGUAGCCAGGAUAGUAUAAAUAGCUCGAUUAAGUCAGCAGUACAGAGUGUACUGUAUUUGUAAUAUUCCAGCUUUGCCCAAGAUGUGUGUUUUUAAAAACUAUGAAGUCCAUUCAAUACAAGUACAAAUGAAACAACAGUAUGUAUUUGUUUUCUUUCAAAGGGCAACCAAAAAGCUCCAGGAUGUCAUGCUACAGAUCUUGAUUGUAUUACCGCCUUUUUCUUAUACUGUAUAAACUGCUCCUAUAUUUGUAAAUGUUUUAAAUACCCACUCUACAGACCAGUUAAGCUGGAUGACUAUUUAAGGUUAUUUAAACUUACAAGUAAAUGCUGUUGAGGUCAUUAGGGCUUAAUUUUCUUUAAGUUGCAAUCCUGCAAAUAGGGCUCCUUCAGUGCCAUUGAUAUCAACGAUUUAAGCUGUCUAACUAUAUAGGGAAAGCUGCAGUCCUUAGUCCCACUGAACCCAAAUGUUCAGGUAUGUCAGCUGGACUGCUUUAUGGAGUUUACCUACACCAGGCAUGGCCAAACCUGGCCCUCCAGAUGUUUUGUGACUACAAUUCCCAUCAUCCCUGACCACUGGUCCUGUUAGCUAGGGAUGAUGGGAGUUGUAGUCCCAAAACAGCUGGAGGGCCAAGUUUGGCUAUGCCUGAUCCUACACUGAUGAAUUACUACCCAAUUGUCAUGUAUUAAAUACAGAAUGUAAACAAGGCACAAGAUGCUAUUUGCUUAUAAAACCAGUCCACCUUAUGACAUGCAGCCCUUGGAAAAUACUUCACUGUGGCAAGAUGUGAUAUCGUACAUUGCAGCAAGAGAGGAAUGGCAGGAGGGGAGAAUGCUCUUGUGCUCAAGUCCUGCUUCUGGGUAUCCCACAGGCAUCUGGUUGGCCACUGUGGAAACAGGAUGCUAGAGGGGCCACUGGCCUGAUCCAACAGGCUCAUCUUACGUGUUAGCCAGUGCUCCACUCAUCCUGUCUCACGUCUGUUCAUUCAGCUGGUGUACAGGGCUUGCUAUUGAAAGAAGGCAAGGCUAUGUGGUUUGCUGUAGCCUUACUCACUUUAGAUAGCCCAGGAAUGGACCAGAACAACAGCUGAGCUACUCUAGGGCAUUCUUUAUCUAAAUAUCCACCACAGGGAUAGGGAAUCUGUGGCCCUCCAACUGUUGUUGGAUGACAGCUUCCAUCAUUCCUCAUCAUUGGCCAAGCUGGCUGAUAGGAAGAUCACCUCCCCAUGCCUGACUUGUUACUAGCUUGCCUGCACAUGGCAAAACUUUCUGGUGGUCCUUCCUCUUGUAGUUGUACAUGGAUACCGCUUUUGAUUGGAAUUUAGUAAUCGAAUAAUUCUUCUGAACCUAGCAGUGCUCCUUUGCAUCCCACCUAAUUUUCUUUAAUGAUAAUGAGAAAACACAUAGAGGUGUGGUUUCUAGUGUUAUAUCUAAGAUGCCGCAUAAAGCAAAUGGCAGGCUUGGUGAACUUAAGUAGACUGAAAUAUUACACAAGUUUAGUUGGUGUGUAAAUGAGCAGUAUUGAACAGAAGUGCUCCUGGCUCAUGGAGAGUGGGGACUAGGGAGUUCCAGGAAUUGCCCAUGCUUGCAUCUUAAUUUAAUUACUACUUAUUGCUAUGAACACACCUUUUUAGCACAAGUUUAUUAUUUGCAGUACUUUUUUAUGACAGCUUUUUAAAAAAAAUGUGCACAGUUUUGUCCAUAUUUAAAUAGACAUAUUUUUAUAUCAAAUGUAAUAAAUUCAAAAGGAAUGAUGGUAUGAAUUGGUUGCAGCUCGUAGAAAUAGGGCACAUGUUCAAAGAUGUAAAAUUUAAAAUAUCUGCACCCCAAUUUUCUAGUUUACAAGUAAAAUAUUUGAAAUGUUAGCAGCAAAGUCCUUGCAUGUGAGUGGAACAUUCCAGCCCUUGCCUUUUCAUUUCAGAUCCUUUCCUUGCUUGUUUCAUUUGCAUUGAUAAAAAGGUUAUGAAGGGAGUUCAUGAUUGUUACAAAACAAAUGCUCAGACUAUAUAUUAUCUUUUCAGAUUUUUUUGGUUUGUUUGUGUUUAAACAGUAGAGCAGGAAACUCAGCAGUCACAGAAAUAACCAUAUAAAAUGCCACGUAUGCAUAGAAAUCCAACCUAGCCUAUUUAUUUUUAUUGCUCCUGUGGGUGAAAUGGGGUCUGCUUGAGAUAGCCAAUGUUAUAUGUUUUGUUCAAUUGCUAUGGGCAAAUGUGCAUAGAGACUUUCAUACUUUAUAAUAUAAAUUCUACAAAAAGGCA